AUGAAACAACGCUUGCUUCCGUGGGCCUCGACGCAGGGAAAGUUCUUGUGGUGGGUUGACGAGUGCGGACGGGCAAUCCGCUACUCUCGCCUAGAACUGGAGGAUGCAUCGGACAUUGCAAAUGUCUCGAAUCCCAUGCUCAACGAACAUUCGUGUUGGGUUAAUGCGCAGAUCGGCCAAUCCUAUGAAUGGGGUGCGCCCUUGGGACCCCCCUACGGCGAGAAUGGUGAGGACACUUCCGAGUAG